AUGCCUCGCUGGACACCGGCAAAGCAUGCCUGCUCCUUUUGCCUCCUCACUGUGCACGUACUUCGCCACCUCAUCCACGGCCUUGCACAGCCGGAAGAUCGACCUCUCUUGCCUGAAACCUUGCCGCCGACACCCAGUAAGCCUCAGUGCAGGAACCCCUCGGACGAUAUCAGGCUUUUUCUCUAUGUGCAGGACGACCUAUUCACCAGGAACUCGGAGAGGGCAGUCGCUGGCGAGACGAAGAUACUUGAUAGGAGACUUCUACGGUGCAGGUACACAUGGAAAUCACGAGCGACAAAUGAGCCGCUAUUCAUGCUACUCGUUGAGUGA